CUGUGCCCCGCAGAUGCGCUUCAUGCUCCUCUUCAGCCGGCAAGGGAAGCUGCGUCUCCAGAAGUGGUACUUGGCCACCUCCGACAAGGACAAGAAGAAGAUGGUGCGGGAGCUCAUGCAGGUGGUGCUGGCGCGCAAGCCCAAGAUGUGCAGCUUCUUGGAGUGGCGGGACCUGAAGGUGGUCUACAAAAGGUAUGCCAGCUUGUACUUCUGCUGCGCCAUUGAGGGGCAGGACAAUGAGCUGAUCACCCUGGAACUCAUCCAUCGAUACGUGGAGCUGCUAGACAAAUACUUUGGCAGCGUGUGUGAGCUGGACAUAAUUUUCAACUUCGAAAAGGCUUACUUCAUCCUGGAUGAGUUCCUGAUGGGCGGGGAGGUGCAGGACACCUCCAAGAAGAGUGUCUUGAAAGCCAUUGAGCAGGCAGAUCUCCUGCAAGAGGAGGACGAGUCGCCCCGGAGCGUGUUGGAGGAGAUGGGGCUGGCGUAGCCAAGGCCCCAUUCGGAGUCUCAGGCAAUCUGCCCUCACCGCCCCGCCUCGCCCCCCCCCACGGCCCCGCAGGCUCCGCAGACCCCUGCUCGUGAGGCUCCUCUGUGGUGGGCAGCUGGACUCUCCGGCCCCCAGCCCUGUGCCCAGUGGCUCUCCCUGGGGGGCAGGACCCAGAGCAUAUUGGUCAUGUUCUGGGGUGCUGGUGGGCGAAAGCUCCAUUUCCCCGUCUUCUUCAUUGCUCAGUCUGUUCCCACCCCCUCUCACGCCCACAGCAUUGCCAGGCGGCCUGUGACAGAGUCUGGCCGGGGCAUCGUCUCCUGCCCGCUCUCCAUGGCUUCCUCUGAGGCUGGCACAGUGUGGGGAGAGUCCGAGGUCACCAGUACAGCAGCCGCUUCCUGGCACCCGGAGGCUGCUCUCUGGAGGUUGGGGUUUUUGGGGGGGGGGGUUCUCUUUUCUCUGCCUUGCCCUGCCCUGCAGGUGGUUCUCUCCAGCCCAAGGAAUGGGAGGGGAGCAUCUUCCCAGGUUUUCUGGAAUAAAAUGUGUCUGGAAGA